AUGGAGGUGGAUCAGGUACCACAGCUUGCAAAAUGCCGCAUUCUUGCGGCAACACUCGAGGAGAACGCCCACGAUUGGUUUACCCAAUUGCCUGAGGAUGAAAUCGAGGAGCUGAUUCGGAGAGGAAAGUUUGACAAGUAUAAGAAGGGCGAGGAAAGUCAUCCCCGAGCGGAUGACAAAGGAGAAAACCAAAAUGCGAGCGGUUCUAGAACACCUCGCAACAUCUUAACUAUCAUUGGAGGACCCCAUAUCGCAGGAGACUCCUACAAGUCGCAAGAGCAAUAUGCCAGAGAAGCCAAGGAAAAGUCGUUCACCAAUGUGAACAAUCUUAGUGAGCGGCCCGAGAAGCUAUUUAAGAAGGAAUGCGAUGACAUCACCUUUAUGGAGAGUGAUGCGAGAUGGGUCCAUCAUCCGCAUUCUGAUGCACUAGUUAUCGUCGCCAAUAUUGGCGGGGAUAAUGUCCACCGCAUACUCGUCGACAGCGGAAGUUCAGUGAAUCUGUUGAACUUCCAAGCUUUCAAACAAAUGGGAUUGCAGGAGAAGGACCUGCGGCCUGUGACGUCGAGCAUCUAUGGCUUUACUGGCGACAUCAUAGCAUUAAAAGGAAUGAUCAAACUCCCAAUCACCUUGGGAACUGCCCGGGUAAGAGCCAAGUCAAUGGCUGACUUCGCAGUAAUCGACCAGUAUUCUGCAUAUAAUGCCGUUCUGUACGAGGAGUCCAAGCAAAUUCGCGAGAAUGCUACAACACAGCAGUCAAGCUCGCGGAAAAAAGGACAGUAA